GCGUUUUGGCGACGCACGGUCACACUCUUCUGUGUAUCAGCGCUGUUGUUGAUUUUUUGUGCAGAAAACUCUUGGCUUCCCCCGUGUUUUCCACAAUUGCCCCAUCGCGUUGCAUUGUGUAACCUAUACGCUGCCGCAGCCGGGAGCGCCGAGACAGAGGAGCAGGAGCAGGAGCAGCAGCAGCAGCAGCAGCAGCUGGAGCAGAUCGGUCGAUGGACUACGAGAAGGUGGCGCUGAACGCAGGCGGAGGCAGUACAGCCGGAUCCGAGCAGGAUCUGGCCAUGUGUGGCGGUCAGGAGAUGCUCGAGGGCCGGGCCAAGGAGAAGUCGCGUCGCUACUGGACGCCCAGCGAGGAGGAGCGCCUGUACGAGAUCUGGGGCAGGGACAACUGGCGGCUGACGCGCACCGGCAAGAACACCAUCUUCUUUGGCCGCUGGGCCGAGGAGCUGCGCGACCGGUUCUCCGUGGACGUGAAGCCCGAGGAGAUCCAGAUGAAGGUCAACCAGACCAGGGCCAAGUUCAGGUCGGUGAAGAAACAGCUGCAGGCGGACCCCUCUAGUCAUGCCACGCGCUGGAAGAAGUACGACAUCAUCAAUCGCAUCCUGAAGAACCUGCACAGGCCCAAGAACGCGGAUCCGCUGCCGCCAGAGGCACUGCUCAAUAACAGGGACAUGACGCCGCCAAGGGAUGAGGCGUCCUCCGAGCAACAGCAGCAGCCGCUGCAGCAACAGCAGGCGCCUGCUCAGCAACAGGGUAUUGUUCUAGCCUCUGAGCCUUCGGCUGCCACCUUUUACAAUAGCAGCAGCAACAGCAAUCAUGGCAGCAGCCACAACAACAACAACACCGGCGGAAUGAGCUUUAGCACGGAGCUGUUCACGGAUCAGUACGACGAGGUGGUCAAGCAGGAGUACGAGGACGAGGAGUACCGCUCGCUGCCCUUUCCCGAGCAGCUGCAACAGUAUUCGCCAGCCGAGCCGGCUCAGUUGCUCGAGCUGCAGACGCCGCAACAACUGCAGCAGCAGCAACAACAACAGCAGCAGCAACAGCAGCAGCAGUUUCAGCAAACCUAUGAGCCGCAGUUUCAACAGCAGCCGGCGGCUCAUUUCAAUAACAGCGGCACCAACGCCACCUCGACUGUUAAUCACCAGCCCAUCACGGCGGUAGCCUACAUAAAUAGCAGCAACAACACCAUCAGUGUGGCCACCAACGCGAACGGAGGCAUGCCGGCGCCGGUGGCGGUUCAAGCCACUGCUGCGCCGGCCUCCAAUCCACCUGCCGUCGGCGCUUCCCCCGUUCCAGUGCCACGAAAGCGUGGUCGUCCAUACGGAUCCGUGAAUCCGCCGCAUGCUGACUCGCUGGAGGCGCUCUACAUGGAGGAGGUUCGGCGGAAGAACCAGCUACUCUACGAGCAGACCAAGAUUUACCGCCAGCGCCUGGAACUGGAGGAGCGCAAGGUCGACCUCAUGCAGAACUUCUUUCCCAAGUGUCUCGAGCAGCAGGCGCAGAUUCUGAGCCACAUGGUGCAGCUCCAGCAGUCGGAGCAGCCCAACCACCAGCAACAUCAGCUUCCUGCGGCUCAGCGGCCGCAGUGAACCACUUUUCGGACUUUCUAAACCUCAAUUUUGGACCGCAGUUCAUGAACAUUUGUUUCAGUUACUCGAUCAGUACCACAAAAACUUAACAAAAAACAUGCAAAAAUGUU